UUUUUGUUUAAUUUCUAUUUUACAUACCUUAUUUUUUUUGCGUUCUCCUUUUAAAAGGGAUCUGUGAAGUUCUUCUGUUCAUGCAGUAAUAAUGGCUCAAAGAGGAGCUCAUGCUCUCCUUCUGUUGGCUCUCUGUGCUCUUCUGUAUCAAUCAGCAGGAGCUUCAUCAGAUGCAUGGGAUAUAACUGAAGCAGAAGAGAGGGAGUUGGAGAGACAACUCAAAACCCUCAACAAGCCUUAUGUCAAAUCCUUCAAGGAUGAGUAUGGGAUCACGUUUGACUGUGUUGAUUUCUACAAGCAACCAGCUUUUGAUCACCCUUUGCUCAAAAAUCUCUCUCUUGAGUUCAAACCUACAUCAACUCGAGAUGGCAUGGACAAGAAGCCAUCAUCAUCAGAAACCCUAAAGUCGCCUAAAAGAUGUCCUGAAGGCACUGUUCUUAUCAGAAGAAUAAAAAGGGAGGAUUUGAUAAGAGCAAAGCGUUACACACAACAAGUCCAAGCCAUACGACCACAAGAUACCAACACUGAUGAACACUCCGCUGGAGUGAGAUUCACAAGUGGAGGUGGACCAAUGUACUACGGUGCAGAGGCUUCCUUGGACGUUUUCCAACUCAAAGGCCUUUUGAACAACCAAGCGAGUGCCAGCCAAAUCAUUCUGACCAAAGGCGAAAAAGGGCCUAGAAACUCCUUGAAUGCGGUCCAUGUCGGGUACCAUGUUGAUUUCACCGUGGAGGGGGACAACUUGACUCACUUCUUCACAUACUGGACUUCGAAUGGGUACCUAGGUACUGGUUGCUAUAACAUGCUCUGCUCCGGGUUUCUCCAAGCAAGUAGAGAAUUGGCUCCAGGGCAGGUCUACACAGGAAAUAGCUUGACACUCAAGAUUUAUAAGGAUCGUCUUGGCAACUGGAACCUGGACAGGGAUAGUGAAAGGAUCGGGUUUUGGCCGAAGGCGAUCUUCAGCAACAUGGGGGAUGCUUCUAUGGUGGAAAUGGGUGGAAAUGUUCGCUCGCCCAUGGGCUUGGCGAGUCCGGCUAUGGGCAGUGGAAAAGCGGUUAAAGCAGUCAUGAGGGACAUCAACAUGGUGGAUGGACAAGGCAAUCUGUAUCGAGCAGACUCGAGCAAAUUGAAGCUGAUAAAUGAUCUUGGCCCGCCCUACUACAUUGCUAAUUAUGACUCGUUUAACUUGUAUUAUGGUGGCCCUGGAGGAUGGAAGAAAGCUUGAAUCAUGCAGUAGUGGGGUGCUAUAUCUUCAGCUCAAAUACAGGAAUGCUUCGAAAGAAAAAAUUGUCCUCGGAAUGAAUCCAUAAACUAUCACUUUUUAUGUUCUAGACGAUCAACUUGGCUAUUAUGUUUCUAAACAAGACAGGAAAAUAAUGCGUUGCCCCAAAGAAAAUCGUCUGGCUACCAAUUUAGUUAACAGUAUGCAAUAACUAGACCAGAAUACGCGAGAUGUAUAACAUAAAGCUCGCAAAAACAGUCGGUCUUCAAUGGCAAGAGUAAGAUAGCAUAGCAAAUAGAUGAAGAAUGAAUCAAAUGCUAGUAGUCCAAUUUACGCAUGAAUUGAGAGAAUUAAAUAUGGACUAAACCUAUUAAACAUGAAGCUAUUCUCUAACACUACCAAGAAACUGUUACCACUCAGAGUGAAGCAGGAGCAUGCGUGUGUGCGCGUGCGCAGGUGAAUCCAACCUAUUCAAUAAACAGGAAGACUAACGCACACAUUUCACAAUGAUGAAAAUGACUAAUAAUACUACUAAAGCAACUGAGAAACUUGAAGAUGCAAGUUCUGGAUUGAAGGUUGGACUAUAGUUGAUGAGGAUCAAUUAUCUACUUCAAGGAGAUAAAAUGUUGGAAGCAGAUUGACUUGUUGUCCACUU